AUGUUCAAAAAAGAGAGGCAUGACGGGGGUCGGCGAUGCUACGACGACGAAGUUCGGAAAAGCAGCAAAGAGAAUCGCUGCGGCAAGCCUGGCUGCGACGGCAAGUGUGGCUAUGCCACGGUGGAUGGCGUGAAGUACUACGCUCCAUAUUGCUAUGACCACGCUUGUAUGAUUGGCCCACAGCGGUGUCGACGCAUGAAAUCGAGGGAUCAAAUAUACUGUCCAAUCCAUGCUACUUGCACAACAGAGGGUUGCUUGGCCACGCCAGAGCGACUUUCCACCAAGCCGUUGCCAUGGUUUUGCGACACUCACAAGUGCGUGUACCCAGGCUGCGUAUCUUAUGGCUGCCAUGGGGGCUACUGUUCCACACACAUUUCUCUGUGCGCCGUCGGCGGCUGCCCGGGACAGCGCAGCCCAAACUCGGCCUUUUGCGAAUUUCACGGCGAAAGGGCGAGAAACCCGGCCGCCGGCGCCGGCGGGUCGUCACCGGCCCCAGAGCCAGCACCGCCUGCCGGCAUGCAUCAGUGCGACGUGAACUGCACCGAGCACCGACACAGCAACAAGGCCUACCGACCCGACAGCUUCUGCCGCACGCCGGGUUGCAACCGGCUACGACAGAUUAAAGACGGCGGCGAAAGCGAAUGGUGUGAAAGGCAUACCUGCGAGUCGUAUACCUGUGUACGGAUGCGCUCCGACAGGCACCCUUCGAUCAAGACUUGCGAGCGGCACUCGUGCAACGUGGACCGGUGCGACCUCGCCGCGCGCAGCCACUCGCAGUUUUGCCGACGCCACGGGUGCGAGGCGGACAACUGCGCGCAGUACAAGGAGGCGCAAGCCUGGUUCUGCAACCAGCACGAGUGCCAGCGCGGGCGCUGCGGCAACAAGGCUGUCCCCGGCACGGAUCACUGCCACCGCCACCUCGAGGAGGAGCAGCAGCAGCAGCAGCAGGCCAAGAAGGACAAGAAGGACAAGGGGGACAAGAAGGAAAAGGAAAAAGAAGCAAAGGAGGAUGAUAAAAAAGAUAGAGACUGUAAAUGGCGAUACCACGACGACCCACCGAUCGUGGUUGUGCGCGACAACGGCCGGUCGUCGCCGGGGUACUGGCGGGAGCCGCCGGAGGAGCCGGUUCUCGUCUUUCGCGGAGAGCGUGGACGCUUGCUACCCGAAUCGCUGUCGCCGGUGUACCGCGUCGGGCGUCAUGGUAUUGGUGGGGGACGGCUGCCAGACUCGUACCACCCAGACUUGAUGGACGAUGCGAGAGCUGGCCGGACUCAUAGAGGAUACUACGACCGAGCGGAUAGCAGAUAUAGACGACGACAUUGGGACGACUAG